GUGUGUCUGGCUAAAAAUAUUCCGUAUUUCGAGGUUCCAACGGGAUGGAAAUUUUUCGGCAAUUUGAUGGAUGCGAAAAUGUGUUCGCUCUGUGGCGAGGAAAGUUUUGGUACCGGGUCCGAUCACAUUCGUGAGAAAGAUGGAAUCUGGGCUUUACUCGCCUGGUUGUCCAUUCUGGCUCAUCGACGUGAAGCGGGACAACCGGUCGAAGUAGAAUCAAUUAUGCGCGAACAUUGGUCUAAAUAUGGCCGAUACUUCUUCACUCGAUAUGACUAUGAAAAUUGCACCUCUGCACAAGGCGAUGAAAUCAUGAACCAAUUGAAAGUUCUGCUCAAAGAAGGCGUCAAAGGUCGCGUUUUCGUCGCAUCAAACGGUCGUCAGUUCCAUGGUGAAUUUUGCGACGAUUUCUCCUAUUCGGAUCCGGUCGACCAUUCACAAACUACCAAUCAGGGUAUUCGGGUGAUGUUUACGGACGGAACUCGAUUUGUCUACCGACUAAGUGGAACUGGAAGUAGUGGUGCAACUUUGCGCGUUUAUGUGGACACGUUUGAACAAGAUCCGACAAAGCAUGCACUUCUUUCCCAGGUUUAUCUUCAACCACAUAUUGAAUUGGCCCUGAAAUUGUGUAAUGUGGGCAAAAUCACCGGACGUACCGCUCCUACUGUGAUUACCUAA